AUGCCCUCCUCCUCCCUCGCCGAAUACCUCGCGAAAAACUACCUAACAGCCGACACACCAUCGGCCUCAGCCUCAGACCCGACGCGCCCGAAAAAGAAGCGCAAGAAGACAAAACACGCCGCCGCGGAACCCGAGGGCCUCAUCAUCGCCGACGACGACCCGCCCGAUCUCCGGAGCUCGGCUGCGCUCGACGCGAACAGGCGCGGCGAGGACGAGUUCGGGCCUGCGGUUGUCGGAUACGGUCCUGGUGGCUCUGGGCGGAGUGCGGAGUUUCGGCGGAAGAAGGAGAGUGGGUGGAAAGUUGUUGGGACGGCUACGGCUACGGCUACAGGGACAGGGGGGAAUAAUGCGGAGCAAGAUGAGGCUGAUGCGAUAUUAGCUGCGGCGGUGAGGGAGGAGGAUGCGCGGAGGGGUGGUGCCGACGAGGAUCCUACGGUUGUUGGGGAAGACGAGUCGGAUGAUGGGGGUCUACGGAUGGACUCUGGUGCGCGGGCUGGUCUACAGACGGCGGAGCAAACGGCUGCGAUGGUCGCGGCGCAGGCGAAGCGGCGGAAGGCCGAGGAGGCGCUGUGGAAAAAGCCCUCGGGGGCUUCCGGGGAAGGUGCAGCACAGGAGACGAUCUAUCGAGACGCGUCAGGACGAAUCAUCAACGUUGCGAUGAAGCGCGCGGAGGCGCGACGCGUGGAGGAGGAAAAGAAGAUCAAGGAAGUUGAGGCGAAGGAGGCGCUUAUGGGCGAUGUGCAGCGGCGGGAUCGCGAGGCUCGGCGGCAGGCGCUGGAGGAGGCGAAGGUUAUGCCGCUGGCGCGGACGGCGGAGGACGAGGACUUGAACGAGGAGCUCAAGGCGCAGGAGCGGUGGAAUGAUCCAGCUGCGCAGUUCUUGACAAAGGGGAGAGGGGGCGGGGUCAGUGUGUCUGGGAAGCCGUUGUAUAAAGGGGCGUUCCAGCCGAAUCGGUAUGGGAUUCGUCCGGGGCAUCGGUGGGAUGGGGUGGAUCGGAGUAAUGGAUUUGAGAAGGAGUGGUUUGCGGCGAGGAACCGCAAGGGGAGGAUGGAAGCGCUGGAGUAUGAGUGGCAGAUGGAUGAGUGA